AUGGUCCCAUUCGCAAUUCCAGCUUCAGCAACAGCUUUGACCGAAGUGCCAGAUUCGCAACUCGACCUACGGUCAGACGAGGAGCUUCUUGCCCAACUCCGCGACUUCAAGAAUGUCACCAGCGAGAAGAACGUCUGGGCCUUCUGGGACAAGGGCAUCGACUUGAUGUACCCAAGCUACCGAACGACUGUAUUGAACUGGAUUCGAAAACUCGGACCUUCCUGGACUGUGAGAAUUGUCGAUCUCGUGGAAGGCUCGCCCAACCAUGUCUACAACUAUGUCUCGAGAGAAUGGUUUCCAGAAUGUUUCAUCAAUCAGACGAUGGAUGGCAAAAGUAAAGCUCAACAUGCCUCCGAUCUUGUGCGACUGCCAUUGCUGUACGAAUAUGGUGGUGUUUGGAUGGACGUCGGCAACAUGUUACACACGCAUCUUGACGAUCUGUUUUGGAAUGCCUUCUCUGCCCCUGACUCGCAGUAUGAGAUGGGCGUCUGGAUCAUCUCUGGACAGAUCCGCAAGCAAUGGGGAAGCUUCGGGAACUACAUGCUUGCAUCGAGGAAAGGCUGCACCUUCAUCAAGAACUGGCACAAUGGCUACAAGUCGCUUUGGAAGGGUAGGACGAACUGCGACGGAUUCCAUACCUUGCCUCUGGUUCAGGAGAUCGGUCUCGCCGAGGGUAUGGCUGACUGGAACUUCCAAGACAAGAUCAAAGAAAUGAGCGACUAUGUUGCGCACAUGCUCAUCGGCGACCGUACGCGACAUCUGCACGAUGUCGAGACUGGCUGGAACGGACGAGAGUUCUUCAACAACAAGUGCCUCAUGGUGGAAGGCAUUUACAAUGGCGUUCUGGGUGCGAUCAGAACAGAAUUUCAUGGGCAAAAGCAGGUUGACUUGUUCUUGACCAGUCUGAAUGAGCAAGACCAGCAGAAGAAGAAGGCGGCGGAGGACUUCAUCGUCUACCACAACUCUGCAGGAGGACUCCCAGCGCUCGGCGACAUGGUCAAGAAGAAGGAAUAUCUUGACGCAGACCAUCGUCCGGGCACCUAUGGAGAGUUGUACCGCUAUGGUACAGUCCAUUGGCGCCCGACGAGGAAGGUGGAAUACCUCAAGCCUGAAGCAACUGAUGAGAAGUUGAUUCAUGCUACACCGACAGCUCCUGCACAAGACUUUGUAGCUUGA